UAAAACGCGUGAAAAUUUCCAGACUCCUGAAAAUCCUCUCCCAUCUGAAGGUUUAAAAUAGCGUCGCGACGUCAGGGUCAGAGUUUGACGGCGUCGGGCCCAGCGAGCUAUAACCUAGUCCGAGCCUGGCAAUCAGCCAUUGAAAGUGUGUAGAAAUCAAUAGCCUCAUCAUGGAUCCGGAGGCAUUCCUCGAUAUCGCCAACCAGGUGGUCAAGCUCAAGAUGUUUCCCUAUUUCGACAUUGCGCACUGCACCUUGUGCGCCCUGUCCGUCAGGGAAGACCUGGGAAGCGGCGCUCAGGCAUUUUCGCGCAAACAUCCCCUAGCAUGCUGGUUAUCGUACAUGUUGGUGGUGUUUGCUGGCGGAAUGGUGGCAAAUGGACUCUUGGCAGAACCUAUCCUUGCACCUCUCAAAAAUACGCCACAACUAAUAGUUGCAACACUAGUUUGGUAUGUGAUUUUUUAUACUCCUAUUGACCUGGGGUAUAAGCUUGCGAAAUUUCUUCCAAUUAAAGUCGUCUUCUCUGCCAUGAAAGAGAUUUACAGAUGCAAGAAAGUAUAUGAUGGAGUGACUCACGCCGCUAAGCUGUACCCCAACGGCUAUCUUAUUAUGGUCAUUAUUGGGACCUUAAAAGGUAACGGGGCCGGAUUUACAAGGCUACUGGAACGUCUUAUGAGAGGUGUGUGGACCCCAACGGCUAUGGAAUUCAUGCAACCCAGUUUCUACACGAAAGCUUCCCUUGUCGCUUCCAUCAUCUUCAUUCUUGACAAAAAGACGGAACUGAUUUCGGCGCCACAUGCCCUAGUUUAUUUCGGAAUUGUUAUCUUUUUUGUUUACUUCAAAUUGUCUUCCAUUCUGCUGGGAAUCCACGAUCCCUUUGUUCCCUUUGAAAACCUGCUAUGUGCGUUGUUCUUCGGCGGAAUUUGGGACAGUCUGGCCAAAAUUUUGGGCAGGGGCCAGUUAAAGGAAGGUGAAUCCAAAGAUGCGAAAAAAACCAACUAAAUUGACUCAAGUUACGAAAAAACUAAAUUUGAUAAAGUGCGGAAUAUCAAAUUUAUUUUUCUCGACUUUUGAUUGAACCAAGACUUGAACAAAUAAAGUCCUUCGUCUGACUCAGACCUAGGAUUCUAUUUGACUGUUGCAACUUUAAGCCAAAUUGUACCAAAAUAAUUGUAUUUAUACUCAAUAAAUAAAUUCCUCUGA